AAUUGCGGAAAUAUUGCAUGUCUGUUUAUUCAAUUGAACUUUUGUAUUGUUAUUUUUAUUUCAAUUGUGUCGACACAAUAUUCCAUGCACGAUGAAAUAAACAUCUGAAUCUAUUACAAGGCUGAAAUAGGAAGUUUGCUUAAGAUUGUUAAAUGGCAUACUGAUACCGGUAUUCAUUUUGUCACACUGAUGGCAUAGGCAGAACAUAGACAUAGUUAAUCUUGAUAUAGGUCUCCUUCUUAUAUAGCCUGGUCUAACAGACUUUCAUCACGUUCAGUUCGCUAGUGGAGCAAUGUUCAAAUAUCUAAAAUCCAAAAGGAGGGCAGCCGUGAAGGCCGCGCUCGAGGAAAUUAAAAACAGUAUUCCAGUGAAUCAAAAUGAAACAGCAAAAUUUUGAUUAUGAUAUUGGGUGUCAAUAAAUCAGAAAAAUUCAGAUGAAACGUAACAGCUUUUUGGCGAGUUCUGAUAGCCUUGUUCCACGGUAUGCUCCGGUCCUUAGGGAUUGGCGAUGUUGCCGAAUAACCAAGUUCAAUAUUCAAAUACCUUAUACCCGCCCGGUAACCAGACGAGAAGGUAUGCUAAUACUUGAGUUUAAAAUGAGUAAGCCUGAAUAAGAAACAGUCCCAAGUGAAUACAUACAUGAAGCUCGAUGGUCGGUUACCUACAAUUUUAUUUUUCAGCAUAAAAUUUUUUUUGUCAAUUUAAUAAAUCAUUAACAAAUACGCUGAAUCAAAUGCGCUCGCUGACCUAGUAAUAUCGCACCUUGAGGUACCACAGCAGCAACAAUUGCGCUACGAUUGCAAAUAAAAAUUAAUGGUUCGCGUGUUGGUUGGUAACUUUAGUCAGGUGCCCUAUUAGGAAUAUUAUUGGACACGAAAUGUACAUAUGAAUCGUUUAGUUAUUAUUAUGUUGUUGUUCUUGUUGCUAUUUUAAAUAUUACUCAUUACUCCUGUUUUUCUAUAUAACAAACGGACGGUAAAAUUUGUGUGAAAGUUUACAACUUACAGUAGAAUCACCGUCCUCUGUUGGCGGAUUGAAUUGCCACUUACUUAGGUAUGAUUCACCACAAAGUAUUCUACUGAAGCGAAUGUACAUUGUAACCAUGAAUUUCAAUGUUAUUAAACCCCUCAAUAGUAAUAGUAUGUUGAAGUAAAUGGAAAUACGUCAUUCUAGCUACUUCCCUGAUGAAGAGUUGUCGUGACAGCUCCAAGCAUUAGCUUUUUGCAUAUAACCUUCUUUGUGUUUCCGGCUUCGUCUGAGUGUUGAAAUAAUAGUGUUUGUCAUGUUCUUGUGAUUUUGCUUUGAAUUCGACCGUAUAACUGUAAUAAGGUUUAAGUGUGUAUUUGUUUUUGGAUUCUUUAAUAAUUGGAUUGUGCAUAUUUAUAAUAUACGAAAAUUUGGCAUUACAAUACAUUGUGUGCUUAUUGACUUCUGAAGAGUUUAGUUCGGAGUUACACUCUAUUAAACGUGUGUAAACCCAAUAACACGUGAGUGAAGCGCAGAUAGGGAUCCUCUCUCCUAUACUACUCUGUUUGUAUUUGUCAAGUCUUUAUCCAAUAUUAUGCUCUUCGCCAAGCUCAGAAAAUCAGUAUCAGUAGAUUAGUAUAAAAGUUGUGAGGAUGCUGGUAUUGACAGUGGCAGGAAUCUUAGCAGCCUUGUCAGGCGUCGUUUUGUACUUCAAGUUGAAGUCUAUGAGACUUGUCGACCGAGUGAAACUACAAAUGGCAAUACAUGCAAAGCUGAGGAUUCCACAAUUAUUUCAACUAACCGGACUAGAUACACGGAUGAAGCCAAAACUAACCCAAUUCACGGCUUCGAAUGGUUUUAAAAUUCUGCUGCCCUCACCGUUUACUGUUGCAGUUAAUGAAAUUUUAAAAUUCAAAGUAAGAGAAGACGAUGUUUUCAUCGUAGCUUAUCCCAAAGCAGGAACGACUUGGAUGCAAGAAAUUGUGUGGUUAAUAUGCAAUGAUGGAAAUAUAAAAGAAGCAAAUAAACAAUUGCUUACAUUGAGAAGUCCGUUUCUGGGGAUAGUGGAUUGUCAUCUUCGCAAUGGAUUUCAAUCUUUAGAAAAUUGGUCAAGAAAUAAACAAAGAGUAAUAAAGACUCAUCUUCCGUACGAACUGUUACCAGAAGACAUUAGGAAAGGAAAAAGAUGCAAAAUUAUUUACGUAGCAAGAAAUCCAAAGGACCUAUGCGUUUCAUACUAUCAUUUUCAUCGCUGCUCUAAAAUGUUGAAAGACCCAGGAACGUGGCCAGAAUUCUUCGCAAAUUUCUGCUCACACAGAGUAGGAUUUGGAGAUUGGUUUGACCAUACGCUAAAAUUUUGGGAGAAAUAUCAAGAAGACAAGGAAAGAAUAUAUUUCGUAACUUACGAAAAUUUGAAGAAAGAUCUUCGAAAAGAAGUUGAAUCAAUGUCAAAAUUUCUUGAAAAAAAAUUGUCGGAACAACAACUGGACGCUAUUUCUGAACAUUGUACAUUUGACAGCAUGAGUAAAAACAGAAGCACAAACAUGUCAAUGUUAGGACAAAAUAGUAUUUCCACGAAAAAGUCAAAGUUCAUGAGAAAGGGACAGGUUGGUGAUUGGAGAAAUUAUUUUACGAUAAAUCAAAGCUUGGCCUUUGAUGAGUUAUACCAAGAAAAAAUCAAAGGAACGGGAUUUGAUAUUUCUUUUGGAAAUUGAAUUUUAAGGUAAAUAUCAUUAUUCUGCAUUAUGAUUG